AUGAUCGCCACCUUGUCGGAUCGGUGUGAUUUCUCCCUGGCGAAGGAAUCCAUGUUGCGAGUCUCCCAGCCGGCAACAGGCCUCCUGCCCAGCCUGAACUUCCGCCAUUCAACUCCGCCUGUUCUCACACCAAUCCACAGCAGCACAGCCGAUCCAUCGUCGAGCGAAGAAGAGGAUGAAGAGGAGGAGAGAGAAGAUGACGAUGAAGAAGCAAAGAGACGUGCUCUGCGACGGCAACGAGCAUCGAGUCGCCCCAAAACCGUUUUACACUUUGCUCACCCCGUUGCGAACCGCCGGCGGCUGAAAUUGAGAUUGAAAUUGCUUCUCCAACUACACGAAAUCAAUCGAUCGUCGCGACCCUUCCCCAAAUUCGAUGUCCUUCCUGCCGACGUGCCAACCAGACUGAUUUGCAAACUGCCCAAGCCGUAUGGGACGACACGUGCCUUUGGGGCAAAGGACAUGGUCGUUGUGACUAGUGACAUGUAUGAGCAACAACAGACGCUAGCCACCAGCGAUGACCGCAGUGUAUCCUCGGACGAAUCCUGCGUGGAGCAACGGGAAGUCAUUGCCACCAUUUGCCAAUGCGGGUCGGACGAUUCCCCGCGGAAAUCCAAAUUCGAGGUGGCUUUCAGUUCCGGGGUGUAUUGGGAAGGCAUCGCUCUCCCAAACGGCUCGUAUGAACUCGUUUCCCAAGGGGGUUCUUCGCCCCCCCGCAAAGUUCGAUGGGUGGCACGCGACAAGAAACCGGUCAGACAAGCGUCAGGCUCCUCGGUGUCGUCAAUGAGUGCCAGCCGAUUUACAUUCAGCGUCAUCAACCCCAACACACGCCAGCAUCCUGUCAUCGCAUCCAUGACCCGAAAAGGGCUUACCGUGUUUGACCAAUUCUCUUACCCUGCGGCAUACUCCGGCGACGAGCAGUCCCCUCCGGCCUCGCCAUCCACCGCGUCUUCUUCCGUGAAAUCGGCCGGUCUCGUCCACACGGACGAAGACCUGCGCAAAGUAAUAGUCAUGACGGGCAUCUGGGUGGCCUUUAUGGAAGGGUGGGCGUCCAAAAGUCUGCUCAGUGGCGAAGUGCCGAAUGCAAGCACGCUGUCGCCGCGGGCGAGAUCAUCCACGUACCUGAGUGCCGACGGCGAUGCAGUUGUAGUAGAGACCGGGUCGACGGCAGGAUCGUCGGCGUCGGGUCGUCCGUCGCGUCUGAAUUCCUUCAGUCGUCAGAGAACGGUUAACCGUCGCAGCACGCAGUCGGAGUUUGGGCGCGAGAUUGUGACAGAGCCGCAGAAGGGAAUAUGCAACAUUCGGCGCAGUAAGAGCCUGACGUCGGCUGACCGCCGCGACCUGAAAUGGACCAGCGUCGAGGCGGAGUCUGCUCCUGCUGCUGCUGCACGUGAUGCGCCGGCGGACCUUCAGACGCAGGACGAAGACCCGAAGACCAAGUCACGGGGAUGGCGCCGGUUCUCGUCCAUCUUGAGACGGAAGAAGCGGUGA